AUGCGUUUGGUUUGCCCGCGAGCCAACUUGAACCCAGUUUUGAAUCUGGUCUUCUUACCCAAGUUCGAUGUACUUCUCGCUGGAUGUGAAGAUGGUGUGUUCUCUUGGAACUUGCCGGAGUUCCGUAAAGAAAAACUCAAUGAAGAGAGAAUCGCGGACCUAGAAAUAAAAAUUCCUACCCGAUGUGAACCGUGCUUUGAUGGAUUGGCCAAACUCACAGAACAACUUGUGGUAGUCAAGUGCGUUGAGGAAGGCGAGAUUUACGUGUUCGACUAUGCACAGGUUGUGCAACGCUCAAAACGUUUGUCUUCCGGCAAGAAACUUGUCACAGUCGAGCUUCGUGGCCAGCUUCGUUGGCAAACUACAGACGAAAUUUACAUUAAUGUAACAGCUCGUCCGGGUUUGAACGCUGUGGUUUGCGGAGAUAACGAGGGAACCAUAUGGCUGUACGAUUUACAAAAGCAAAUUGACGAAGAUGCUCGCCGAUUUAAGGCGAAACCAGUGAAGAUACUCGAAUGGCCCGAGUGCAGCAUUGGGGGAAGUAAGGAUGAAGAUGUGCAGCUGAAAGAAAGCAUAACUUCCGGUUUCAAAAAUCCUGUCGUCAACACGACAGAUUUGAGUCACGAUGGCCAGUACCUCGUUGCAGUUACAGACAACAAUUUGGUUUGUAUAUGGAAAUUCUCGGGUUAA